GCACUCUACAGUUCCGCAUUGUGGUUAUCAUGCAGUCAUUCACAGCCAAUACGAGAUCGAUCGACUAGAGCAGAGGAACAAAUGUUUUGUCUAUUUGAAAAGUUAGCUGUCAUAAACACAAAUGAUUACUAUACCGUUUAGCUCAGUUGAAGUGAUGAUUAGGUUGUGAGUUAGUGAUGGAGAACAUUGACGAGACACCGUUUCGGAUCACCCGUACCGUCCAAGCUCUGGGCUCCGCACUACGGGGAGAGCCUGAACAUGUUCCCGAUGCCGGUCAGGGUAGCAGUGACAGAAUCUCGAGUGAGCCGGAGAAGCUUUGGUUUAAAGAAAGCAGCGCUAAGAAUCUCCAAAACAGGGAUUUCUUGUCACCCACUACGGUGCUGAAUACGCUUUAUGCAGACGGACAGGUUCCCCCAGCAGUGAUGGGUAGAGUGCUGUCCCUGAAAGGGUGUGGGGUUCUCCCUGUGGCUGGUGGGGAGGUCAUGGGAGAGGGGCUGAGGGUGCGGGUUGACCGGAUUGCCGCGUUUCAGAAGGUCCUGAGUGGAGUGUCGGCGUACCUGAAGCCUCCUAGCCAGAGACAGGGGGGUGUGGUGCUCAACUGCCCGGCCCUUCACCCCAAACCCAAUUUACCCUCCCCGGACACACUCACGCUGGGGCAACUACGCACCGUUCUGUUGACUGACCACUUAGGGGCGCUACUGAGGAGACAGGGGUUUACUGUGUCCUGCUGCCCUGUGCUGCCUGAAGAUAGCAACAUCAUCGUCUUCCUCCGAAUACUUGGCGUCGAUUGGCCGUCAGUGCCGGUCAGCUGGACCAAUGACGAGAGGGAGGAGAAGAUGUUGGAGGCUUUACAGAAUUCCCCGUACAAAGAAAGAGAGGAGACAGAUGGAGGAAGGCGAGAGAGUGAAGAAAAGAAGAUGGAGGGAGAGAAGGAGUGGGGGACGCUCAGAGUGAACUUGAAGAGGGUGUUUCAGGAGGAGCAGCUGCCAGGGUAUGACCCCAGCCUGGGUACCUGUACAGUGCAACGAGACAGUGUGUCUCAUCUGGCCCAACUGGACAGGGCUACUGCAGACUGCACAGUAUCCACAGCAACCGCGGUACAUGUCACGUCCUGUCAGGAUGAGUUCCGUCAGCAGCAGAUAGCGAUGCUAUGGAGAGCCAGCGGUGCAACAUUGACACAGAGGCAUCUAGUUUGUGGACCAGUGAAGACUCCUGGAAGUCACCUCAGUGCGGCCCAGUAUCUCCAACUGAGAAGAGUGCAGAUGAAGGAGGCCUCAGAGAUGAAGUACGGAGAACAAGUCGAAGGUCAGACUUGGGAUGACAUCAUCAAGGUCAUGACCUCCGCCACUGUGAGGUUUGAGCUGCUCUCAACGGUCCAUAUGAGCCCGGUCACCCUGGACGUGCAGAGGGAAGGCAGUGUGUCCACCAAAGGCCCCAGAGGCGGAGUCUUUGUCAUGUACAACUGUGCUCGGCUCCACACCCUCUUUGACAGUUACGAGCGAGGCAUGGAGAAGGGACUUUACCCUGAAAUCCCAGAGGGCUCCCAGUUGGACUUCUCAGCUCUAAAAGAAGAGGGGGAGUGGCUUCUUCUGUUCAAUUACCUCAUUCCAUUCUCUGAGCUUCUCGACCAAUCAGGACAGGCGUUGGAGUGUGAUGGAGGGGCCAGAGUCAACCUGAAGACUGAACAGAUCUGCAAGUUCCUGGUGUCUCUCAGUAAAGAUUUUAGCUCCUAUUACAACAGAGUCCACGUCCUUGGGGAGCCGUUGCCUCACCUCUUCAAUCAGAUGUUCUGUCGGCUGCAGUUGUUGAGAGCACUGAGAGAGCUCUACCAUCGCGCGUUGGAUACUCUUCACCUUCCUCCCAUCCGGCAGCUAUAGCCACAAAUACCCCAACUGUAGCCCCAACAUACCCCAACUGUAGCCCCGAAUAUAGCCCCAACUGUAGCCCCAACAAAUGCCCCCAAAAUACCCAACUGUAGCCCCGAAUAUAGUCCCAACUGUAGCCCCAACAAAUGCCACCAAAAUGCCCCGAAUAUAGCCCCAACUGUAGCCCCAACAAAUGCCCCCAAAAUACCCCAACUGUAGCCCUGAAUAUAGCUCCAACUGUAGCCCCAACAAAUGCCCCCAAAAUACCCAACUGUAGCCCCGAAUAUAGCCCCAACUGUAGCCCCAACAAAUGCCCCCAAAAUACCCCAACUGUAGCCCCGAAUAUAGCCCCAACUGUAGCCCCAACAAAUGCCCCCAAAAUACCCCAACUGUAGCCCCGAAUAUAGCCCCAACUGUAGCCCCAACAAAUGCCCCCAAAAUACCCCAACUGUAGCCCCGAAUAUAGCCCCAACUGUAGCCCCAACAAAUGCCCCCAAAAUACCCCAACUGUAGCCCCGAAUAUAGCCCCAACUGUAGCCCCAACAAAUGCCCCCAAAAUACCCCAACUGUAGCCUCGAAUAUAGCCCCAACUGUAGCCCCGAAUAUAGCCCCAACUGUAGCCCCAUCAAAUGCCCCCAAAAUACCCCAACUGUAGCCUCGAAUAUAGCCCCAACAUGCCCCAACAAAUGCCCCCAAAAUACCCCAACUGUAGCCCCGAAUAUAGCCCCAACUGUAGCCCCAACAAUCCCCUAAAAUACCCCAACUGUAGCCCCGAAUAUAGCCCCAACUGUAGCCCCAACAAAUGCCCCCAAAAUACCCCAACUAUGCCCCAUGAACUGCCCCAAAUAUAAGGCCUAAUAACUGCCGUAAAUUAUCACUAGCCUAUCCCCUACAUGAAAUACACAUAUAAAUGUCACUUUUACUACUGUACUGUAGCUAUUAGGCUUUUAUCCCCCCCAAUUAAAAAACCCUGUGAAGUCCUCUUUAUGUAUAUGUGACAUACACCUGGUAUUACACCCAGUCUAUUUACUGUUGAUGAAAGAAACUGUAGAGAUAAUUUGCACCCCUGUGUGAAGCCUUGGUCUCCCCAGACGUAUCACCAGUAUCUCUGAUGCACCACAGAUGCAGCCUCUACCAGAGACCCUCACUGCCUUUGAACGAUGAACAUCUGCCUGUCUUCGGUCUUCCCUUCUACGAUACCAUAGACACUAUUCCGCUAACAGACAACUGCCCUAGAGCCAUAGAUACAGUAUUUACACACACUGUAUGUACACCGUGUAAGCACUGCCCCUGUCCUCAUCACUAGAUAUUGCUCCUGGCCACCAUGAGCCAUUUACUGUCCCCUUCUCCCUUCCCCUCCUACUUGAAUAAUACAAAUAUAUAUAUUUCAUUGGAA